CAAAAUUGUUCGCUGUCCAUAUUCAUAUUACAACUCAAAUCUCUAGGACUCGUUGCACCAUUAUGAUCCAACCUCGAGCGAAUGAUUGAUCCAGAGGAUGCAUGGGCUAGAAAAAGCGGUAGUGGACGUCAGUCGUACAAAAUUGAUUGCAGUUGACGUUGUCACUGACUCGCAGCAUGCGUUUCAUAUCACUGCCACCUCCUCACAACUUGAUUCCCGCCAGAAGUAUGUGCACAGUGCACACACUCAAAAUGAUAUGCGUCUGCACUCGCGUUUGACAAUCGCCCAGGCACUUCUAUUAUAUCAAUGUUGGUCACUUGUCGUUCAUCAAUCACGGAACUCCUUAUUCAGCUUCGAAAUGAGCUCUGCAGCAUGUUUGUGCACGGACGGCUGCAGGUUCUUAGUUCUGACUGUCGGCGACAUUGUAAUUGGAUCAGACUCGACGUACCUGGCACAUCGGAUAUACCACCCGCCAUAUGGUCAAUUUGCGUCAUCGCACCCUCAUUUACUACCCUUUACGAGUUGGCUUUGUCUUCUCAGCAUCCAAGUUACCGAUCCUGUUGAGGCUGCGGCUGUUUCCGAUAUUGCCCAGCCUUACGCUAUGCUGCAUGCAAUACUUUUUGCUACACAAAUGACUAUGUUCAGAGAAAUCACAUACAGCGAGAGCUUGCUAUUAUGCAAAUCUCUGAAUCACCGUUGGUAAUCGCCAUCGUGACCAACACUAAGAAAUUAGUAGACGCCUUGAAGGGCUGGAAAGACUACGAUGCCGAGUAUUUUGACUUCC